GCUUCUUUUCGCACUUUAUAAGUCCGCGUUGCUGUGUGCUGUGUGGUGGUAGUAAUAUUUUCGUCAUUUUCCGUAACGUGAGAAAUCCACGAUUUUCUCAGAUUUUCAUAUCGACGGUCCAUUACGAGCAACGGUAAAUGACGGAAUUAAUUUGAUUGCACGUAGACUUUAGUCUCUGAACAACAGUGGCGCUCGUGUAAUUUGUGAGCCUUCGCAAAACAAGAUCAAGAAGGUAAAAAAAGAAGAAAUAACGGAAGAAGAGCUAGUGUGAGGGAAGUGCGAGAGCAAUAAAGGAGUGAAUUUCUACAAAAUGUCGGACCCAGACGCAUUAAACAUCGAUCAUCUGAUUGCUAUGCUUUUGGAAGUUCGCGGUGCACGACCUGGAAAAAAUGUUCAAUUGUCGGAAGGUGAAAUUCGCGGCCUGUGUUUAAAAUCUCGAGAAAUUUUCCUUUCUCAGCCAAUUCUGCUAGAAUUGGAAGCGCCAUUGAAAAUUUGCGGUGACAUUCACGGUCAGUAUUAUGAUUUAUUGCGUCUGUUCGAAUAUGGAGGCUUUCCCCCGGAAUCAAAUUACCUUUUCUUGGGCGAUUACGUUGACAGAGGAAAACAAUCGCUCGAAACCAUAUGUUUACUGCUCGCCUACAAAAUUAAAUACCCGGAGAAUUUUUUCUUGCUAAGAGGAAACCAUGAAUGCGCGAGCAUCAACAGAAUAUAUGGGUUCUACGAUGAAUGUAAGCGGCGCUAUAACAUCAAGAUGUGGAAAACAUUCACUGAUUGCUUCAACUGCUUACCGGUGGCGGCUAUUGUGGAUGAGAAAAUAUUUUGCUGCCACGGCGGGCUGAGUCCUGAUUUACAAUCAAUGGAGCAGAUUAGGCGCAUUAUGAGACCGACUGACGUUCCCGAUCAGGGACUGCUUUGCGAUCUUCUGUGGUCCGAUCCCGAUAAGGAUACUAAUGGUUACGGAGAGAACGAUCGUGGUGUCAGUUUCACUUUCGGUGUUGAUAUUGUUGGUAAAUUUUUAAGUAAACAUGACUUUGAUUUAAUAUGUCGGGCCCAUCAAGUUGUUGAAGAUGGUUAUGAAUUCUUCGCUAAACGACAGUUAGUCACACUGUUUUCUGCGCCUAAUUAUUGUGGCGAGUUUGACAAUGCGGGAGCAAUGAUGUCUGUGGACGACUCGCUGAUGUGUUCCUUCCAGAUCCUGAAACCAGCUGACAAACGUAAGUUCCAAUAUGGUGGCAUAAACUCUGGACGACCCGUCACACCGCCUCGAGGUUACAGUAAAAACAAAAAGAAAUAAGCUGAUGAUAGCUAAGGAAAACUAUAUUCUAUUCAAAAACACAAACAAACGUUUAAAACAAGUUAUUAAACAACAUAAUGACUUAAAAUGGUUUAAGCAAAUAAAAAAAUGAAAAAGCAUGCAAGAAAUAAUUCAACGAUAAUGUAAUGUAAAACCUUCAGAAUACAAAAAAAAACAAAUAAGUUCGAUUCAAGUAACGCACUGUAUUCACAACAGCGCAGAAGAUUGGAUUGCAAGAUUUUAACAAAUUAUAAUUGUCAUACAGCUCAUUAUCUCCUUGGAGAUAAUGGGAUAAAACAACGAUCCCAUUAUCUCCAAGGAGAAUUUAUCGAUUUGAAUGAUGCAAAUUGUCGGAGGAAUAUCACAUCAUGGUUGUUAAACAUUUCUAAUUUGCGUCUAUUGUGUUCUUUGAUGUAUAAAAGGUUGACAUCUUGUUGACACUUACUGGGGCGUAUCUAUUUUGAAUAUAAUUGAUAAUGGGAUUCUUAAGAACUUGUUUGAUAUGUGUUGUGAAAGUUAUUGUGUUAUGUCCUAGGUUUGUUUGUUUCUUCACAUCAUGAACAGUACGGAAAUACAAUCGGUUCCUCAUUUAUUGCAUCAGAGCUGAUGAUAGACCACCCUAAAUAAGAAUAGAAAGUGUCAGACUAAUGUUUAGAUAACAAAAUACAACAAAAACAUACAUUUUGUGGAAUCAAAUAGAAUAUAUGAAUAUAAAAUAGAAGCCUUUUUUUGUUUGUUAUAGAGAAGGAUUCUGAAAACAAGGUGUUUUGUACUAAUCAAAAUUGUAGCAAAAUCAACAAGUAAUUUCUCAUCACGCUACACGUGACUAGCCCAUGUUCAUCUCAAAGUUCGUGUCUACAAAGUCUAACAAAUUAAUGAACAUAUUUUCUCAACUUAUUACCAGGUGGUUUUCAAAAACUGGCCAAGAACAGCAAAUUUUAAGGGCAAGUGGUCAAAAAUUUAACGUUUGCUCCGAAUGUGAGUAUUGAUCUUUUCCUAAUUUGUCUCUUUCGGUGUUUACCUAUUCCUAAUGUGUUGGUUCG